AUGACAGUUUUGCACAUCUCUGUCCUCAAACAUGUUCACACUGUGGUCCAGGAAAUUGGAACUAUAGCUCAAAACAUGCCUGAAUUCGAUCGGGUGGAAUUUGUCAAUCGGCCUGACGACGUUCAAAAUACCCCACUCGACUAUGCUAUUACGAUCUCGUCUUCGACCAUUGUGAAUAUUCUGGUUAGCGCUGGAGCUAGAAUCAACGAUACAGAUCGCCUAGGUUAUACUCCGCUCAUGAACGCGUGUCAUCUCAGACGAGACGAGGUCGUCCACUGCCUGGUUGAUCGCGGGGCGGACAUGCGAGCCACAAACAGUUUCAACCUCUCUGUCUUGGAAUGUAUUGUGACUGGCGAAAGCCGAACGAAGGAGGCAUUGUUGCAGCGUAUAGGCCCCCAUGCUACCCAAGUGCAACUGAACAGAGCACUUUGGCUUGCAGUCAACGACAAGAAAGAGCUUGUGGGUGUUCUCCUCAGAUUUGGCGCAGACGGCCAAUACGCUGGUAUCCUAGAAGACGAUUCGUACGAUGCAGAAAGAAACGGGCAUACCAGACCAACCACACAUGGACCGGUUGAAGCAAGCAUGUCAUUGUCCCGACGUCAUUCAACCCCAAGUAUCGCCAGUGACCUUGCGUCUAGGGAACCGGAUAUUCUCGUUGAUUUAAACCUUAUCAUGCACUGUGAGGCCAGUACUGACAAUGGUGGGAUCGUGGACGGCUUUGGGACUUUUCGGCGAUCACCGAUAUUUAUAUUCCGGUACGGUCCGGACUUCGCGGCCAAGUUCAGCGCAAAGUAUGCAGACGGCCAUGAUAUCAACGAUGGAAGAAAUCCUCCCAAUUUUGACGUUCGAAUCACUCAACUGAGGGAUUCCAACGACCGCGGAAAGCAUUGGCGGUAUUCAAAAGAUAAUGUUCUCGGGAUUUGCGGAGUUGCAUUCGAAGAGAGAAAAUUCCCAGACCGAGUCUAUAAGCUACGAAGAAGCGUCUGGGUUAAAAUUAAGUGGAGAAAUAUCGUGACGGCAGAUAAGGGAUUACUUGAAGGAGAUUGUUCCUGGAUUCCGAGAGAUGACUUUACUCGUUUGUGUGGCAGUAAGAAUGUGGCAGAAAGCAAACUGAGGGAAGGCUGGAACAGGCAGGAGGAACGCUACACUAACUGGAACCACAGACAUGAAUUUCAAGCGCCGCGUACCAGACAAUGGCCUGCCCCAUUUCCCUGGGACUUGACGUGA